AUGAAAAGGCGAAGACCUCCCCUAUCCAACCAACUGGCCACGCAGAGCGAACAGCGUAGGCUCGCUAAAAGAUUUUUGCAAAAGAAAAAUAGGGCGUCGGAUGGAAGAAGAGCGGAAGAAGAAUUCGUAAGGAAUGUGGAGAAGCAAAGAAAUGUCUACAGAUUGCCUCCAAAGUCGGACAGCAAAGGGGAACAGGAACAAGAAGAUAUGAAAGAAAAGAAAGAUAUGGCAACGAAGAAGCAACUGGACAAGAUAAAGAUGGAGGCUGAUAGAGGACCUGAACAACACAAAAAAGUUAGAAAAGAAUCAGAACUGAUGACCAAGGAAAAGCUGGCCGACCUAGAGUCGGAGGCAAUCGGCAGGGACGAUAAGCUCGAGAGACUGGUGAAGAAAGAAGAAGCCAGGGAGAGGAGAGAAAACAAGAAGAACAUCGUAGUCAAGGGAUAG